AUGGAUCAAGCCAAAUUGGCCAAGCUCCAACAGAGCGUGCGCAUUGGAAAAGGUACCCCCCGCCGCAAGACCAAGCGCGUCCACAAGACCUCCACCACCGACGACAAGAAGCUCCAAGCCACUCUCAAGAAGAUGAACGUCCAGCCCAUCCAGGCUAUUGAGGAGGUCAACAUGUUCAAGGAGGAUGGCAACGUCAUCCACUUCUCCAACCCCAAGGUCCACGCCGCCGUCCCCUCCAACACCUUUGCCAUCUACGGCAACGGCGAGGAGAAGGAGCUCACCGAGCUUGUCCCCGGUAUCCUGAACCAGCUUGGCCCUGACAGCCUGGCCUCGCUCCGCAAGCUUGCCGAGAGCUACCAGAGUCUGCAAAAGAAGGAAGGUGAAGGCAAGAAGGACGAUGAGGAUGAGGAUGACAUUCCUGACCUUGUCGAGGGCGAGAACUUUGAGGGUACCGUUGAGUAA